CAUAGUUUAUUUUUUUAAAGUGGAGUGAUAUACUUCCAACAAUGUGUGAAUUAUAUUGUUAAAAAAUGUAUAAAACUUUCCAUUGUUGGAUUGAUAUUUGGUUGAAAACAGAUACUUUACCGCAAUAUUACAAAGUCAAGACAACAAUCUGGAAUAUAAUUAACAACAUAAUUUAAUUAACACUAAUGAUGUUUUAUCGAUUUCAUCAUGUGUUCGUCAUAAUACAAUUAUAUUUGUUUGCGGUUUACUGCCAAGCUCAGGAUGAUGGACCCGUGUGGCGUUGGGAAUGCCAAGCAGGUCAAUGUAAAAAAUUAAAAGUUGUGGAAGGUGAUAAAAAUCCAAUAAGUCGUGCUGUAUGCCAUGCAUUUUGUGAUAAGAAUUCAUUGUUAUGGCCAAAACCAAAUGGAAAAUUGGAGAUUGGUGAUAUAGUUAUGCAUAUUAAUGUUAACAGCGUUGAUAUAUUAACGGAUAAUAAUGAUUCAAAUGCUUCAAAAUUAAUUAAAGAUGCAGGAAAAAGAUUCCUUCAACAUGUCAAUGUUUUACAACCCAAAGGUACUCCAAUCAAACCUGGUGGACAUAGUGUUAUGGUCUAUGUUAAAAUUAAGGAUUCAUCCGACACUGAAUUAACAUUGGAGACUGAUGAAAGCUAUACUUUAAAUGUUGGACAAUCAAAUGAUGGCCGUUUAAAUGCAACAAUUACUGCACCCAACUUUUACGGUGCACGCCAUGGUUUAGAAACGCUUGGUCAACUUGUUAUUUAUGAUGAUAUUCGAAACGAAAUACAAGUUAUACGUGAUGUAAACAUUACCGAUAAACCAGCAUAUAAUUAUCGUGGAGUACUUCUUGAUACAGCACGUAAUUAUAUAUCUGUGGACGGAAUUAAACGAACAAUUGAUGCAAUGGCUAUGACAAAAUUAAAUACAUUCCAUUGGCAUAUAACUGAUUCACAAAGUUUUCCAAUAAAAUUACCAUCUCGACCAGAAUUUUCGAAACUUGGUGCUUUUAGUAACAGAAAAGUGUAUACGGUUGAUGAUGUCAAAGAUAUUGUAAACUAUGCAAAAAUACGUGGUGUUCGAGUUAUACCUGAAUUUGAUGCACCAGCUCAUGUUGGUGAGGGCUGGCAAAAUACUGAUUUUGUUGAAUGCUUUAAUGCACAACCGUGGCAAUCGUUUUGUGUUGAACCACCAUGCGGACAAUUAAAUCCAACAAAACCAAAAUUAUACGAUGCUUUAGAGGAUAUUUAUCGUGAUAUUGUUGAACUUUUCCAACCAAAUAUCUUCCAUAUGGGUGGUGAUGAAGUUUCAUUAAGUUGUUGGAAUUCAACGGAGAGUAUUACCGAUUGGAUGAUCAAAGAAAGAGAUUGGACACGUUCAACGGAUGAUUUCAUGAAAUUAUGGAAUGUAUUUCAAACACAGGCACUUGAACGUUUUGAAAAAUAUAAGAAAGUACCCAUUAUCAUGUGGACUAGUACGCUUACAUCGGCUAAAUAUAUUGAACAGUAUUUACCGAAGGAUAAAUAUAUCAUUCAGGUUUGGACAACAGGUUCAGAUCAGGUGAUCGAUGAUCUAUUGUCAAAAAAAUAUCGUAUUAUUUUAUCAAACUAUGAUGCUUUAUAUCUUGAUUGUGGCUUUGAAGCUUGGGUCGGUUCAGGCACGAAUUGGUGUGCACCAUAUAAAGGAUGGAAAACUGUAUACAAUAACGAUCCGCGAAAAAUUUCACAAGGUCGUGUUGAUCUAGUUUUAGGAGCUGAAGCUGCAUUAUGGACCGAACAGGCUGAUGAUUCAUCACUAGAUAAUCGUUUAUGGCCAAGAUGUGCAGCACUUGGUGAACGAUUAUGGUCUGAUCCUCAAACAGGUUGGCAAGAGGCUGAACAAAGAAUGUUAAUACAAAGAGAACGAUUUGUUGAACGAGGUAUUUACGCUGAUACAUUACAGCCACAAUGGUGUCUUGAAAACAAUGGUUAUUGUUAUGGUUGAGCAAUUAUAUUUGUAGAGCUUAUCAUACGAAAAUAUUCGAUGCGUGCAGAACAAAUUUAGCACCAUAGCUAGCUAUUUUUACAACUAAAUAAUUAUGAUUUUUCAAUAGUAUUUGCAAUAAAUUGCUGCCUAUGAGGCUUGCUCUGUUCUGUAAUCAACGAAUAAUGACUGCAAUUUUUAUUGCUCUCUGAAUUUUUACGUAGUCAGGCUGCCUUGAAAAUUUGCGGUUGUGUUUUAUAAAAAUAAUAACGUCCAUUUUGUUAUAUUUUCGUACAAAAUUGAAGCAAUAAAUCGUAUGUUGUAAAUAAGGAAACCUGUACAUUCAUAUUUUAGAAUAAAUUUUUUUUUAAAUAAA